UUUUUAUUUUUUUUAUUCAUUUUGUUCUUUUUAUUCGAAUCAUAAAAUCAUAAAGCAUGAUGCCUCCUCAACACUAUUCCCCACCUUUUACACCAGAGUACCGUAGCAUGUCACUGAUGAUGAUGGUCGAACAGCAACAGGAUUCACAUAACCAUACUCGCCCCGUCCGGUUUGUGAAGGAUGCCAGCGCCCUUCAACACCUACGAAACCAACGUAAUCAUAAUAACCAUGACGAUCUCCAACAUAGUGAGCAACAGGAGCAACCAAUGAUGUUGUCUUUACCACCCCCUCCACAGGAACAUCAGUCCCAAAGCAUAGACAGGGAAGAUCCAGAGCCCCUACUAGCAAUACCAGGUCCUGAUAUCAUUGUUUCCUCAGAUGACCACCCAAUUUCUAUGGUUGAAAACCUUAAUCUUGUUCAAGAGCGCACCCAUGUUCAUCUCACCUAUCGAACACGGCAAAGUCAAAGUUUACAAGGCCAGGCAGUCUCACAGACAACCCGUCCACAGAGGCAGCGGAGAGCCGCUGCUAAUAGCACUGGUGGGAAUGCAAUGGUUAGAGCUUUGUCACCCAUUCCUGCUAUUGCCAAUCAAUCCACAAAUCACUGUUCUGCCAUAGAGUCAAAGUUACAGCCCGAGUCAACACCACCACAAACAUUCGCUUUACCUACACAUCAACCCUCUACUCAUUCUGUUAAUGACGACACUGAGCAUUCUGAACAAAAAGUGCAGUGUCAGGGGGGUGUCGAUGGCGGAGUAGUACCUCUUUCAAACUUGCUCAAUUCAACCGAUCUGAUCAAAAGCGACCAGGUAGAAUCCUCAGAGUCCAUUAUCAACACAGAAUCAGAAUCGAUCACAAAAGAAAAUGAGGACAAGCCUCCAAAUUCACCAUUGCCACAACAACAAGACUCGAAGGAGCAGGAGCAGGAGCAAAAAGGAUCAAGAGAUGAUAGUCAAGAGGAACAAUUGGCGAGCGGGUCGGAGGGUUUGGAGCCAAAUCAUAAAUCAAUCACACAGCUUCCUACUGGCAAUGCACAAGAAGACAUCGAAUCACAACCCGAACAUACUGUAGGUGCUGGGGUCAAACGAGGGUGCCGUCAAAUGAAUUCUACCAAUACAUCUGUUUCCUCAACAGGAAAGACUACCAAGGACUCUUCUUUGAUGCCUGCCAAAAAAAAGAUAAAGACCGAAGUGUCCAAAAAGUCCGAAAACGAUACUGCAAGUCUUUUCCAGAAGAUCUUCGCUGAUCGUGAUCCAGGCAAGCGUAAAAUCAAAACUAAAUCCGUUCAUGAGAUCCCCAUGGAGCUUGCGGCGGACGAGGAUGAUUCUGAUUUUGAAGAUACCAAAGAUGGUAGUAACGAUGAGGAUGAAGACAUGAUUAUUCCUGAUGAUGCAGCGAGUGAAGAUGAGAUAAGGCCUGAACAAGAGGAGGCUUUCAAUGAUGAACAAGAUCUCUUGACCGCACUUUGGCAAUGGAAAGACAAUGAUCCUGAGGUGUGUUGUGUGUGCCUGGGUCGAUCGACAGAGGCAGACAAUGUAUUUGUUUAUUGCGACACACUCGAUUGCGCCUUGUGCGUACAUCAGGCUUGUUAUGGUGUCAAAACACUUCCAUCCGAAAGCGAACCAUGGUUAUGCGAUCGUUGCAAAGCACCACCAGAGGAAGUUGUGUCGUGCGUUUGUUGCCCAUCCAAAGAUGGUGCAUUCCGAAGACUCAUCCCAGAAGAUCCUAGCGGUGGCUGGGUGCACGUUGUCUGCGCACUCUGGUUACCAGAGACAACCUUAGGGGACCCCGAGAAUGUGGACAAAAUCUCUGUCAGAGACAUACCCGAGAAGAAUUGGAAUAUGACUUGUUAUAUGUGCAAUGACCCUCAGGAUGCAGCAAUGGGAGCCUGUGUGCAGUGUGAUGCGGGACAGUGUCGCAAAUCGUUUCAUAUCACCUGCGCUCAAGGUUACUCGCUACUAGAGACCGUUGAGGAGACAGAUAUGGCUGAUCCAUACUUUAUGUACUGCAAGCAACAUGGCGCCACUGAUGGUCAUCCCAAGCUUAAUGGGUGGCUGAAAUGGGUCAAACAAAAGGAUGCGUUUCUGAAAAAGUGGCAGGACGAACAAGGUCGUAAGCGUACACUCAAAUUGCUUGAAAUGCAGCGGGCCAGUAAUGAUGGCGAGGACGAAGAUGAAGGUAUUAUCGAGCUUUUUGAACAUUCAUACUCUCGAUUCAAGCAAGCACGAGAAAGGCGGAUUGCAAGGGAAAGGAGCGAGCUUUCCCGUCAACACUCCAUUGGAUAUUACCUCAACAGUAAGAUUGACAAGUCCAAAUCCCGAUUGGAGGCUAUUUCAUCCAAAGCCCAACAAGCUCAAUUGGAACAGCGUAGGAUUGAAAUGCAUACCCGCAAUCUCUUGUCAAGUCUCUUGGAGUGCGCUAAUUAUCUUGAGAACUUGUCUGCGGAGCAACUUGAGGCACCGCUUUCCAUCGACACUACCCUGGCCUGGUACAACUCAUUACCAGACACAUCUCGCUGGAAGAGCAAUAUUCAGGAUAUUAUUGAGACAAUCGAUAUUGAGUCAUUGCCAUGUGACAAUCCUUAUACACAGCCUGGUUCGCAGAGUAAUAUAGACUCUGGAAUAGACGACAGUGAGGGCGGACAACGCCAUGGACGAUCAUCUAAAGGCAGCUACGGCAAGCUUUCCAUGAGGUCUAACCAAUUUUAUACUGCCGGCAAGAAUGCCAAGUCCAAGAAGGUAUACCCCAAACCUACGCCAACCAAUAGGGGUCAGCUUCCAGUCGUAUUCACUUCAAGCAGAGGACGGAUGAUCAAACGUGAUUUUUCAGAUCUCGACGACUCUUAUGCUUCUGUCAAGGGCGCGGAUUACCAGGUUGGUCAAUCUAAUGGCAUGGCUGGAGUUAAACUCCCACGAUCUGUAGAACCAUGUGCAGUGUGUCAUCAGUUGACACUCCCAGAAGAAAAGCUGGAUUUGGAGCGAGAUUCAAAUGGCUAUCUGUCCCCAAUGUCGAUCAAGGUACUGAAUCGUAUGGUCUCUUGCGAUUCCUGCCAGCGACAGUUUCAUCCCAAGUGUCUCGACCCUCCAAUGGCAAGGGUGCCUCCUCGUGGGUACAGUUGGAACUGUGAAGAGUGCGACUCUUCAGAGGAAAGUCAAGAGUCAAGCGAUGAAAGCUCUCCAUCACCUUCCGAUCAUCAACAUCAGCAUAACCUUUCCUCGGAUCUGGAUGAGGCACUUAUGGUUCUUGCUGAUACGGCAAUGACCAUGUCAGCCAAUCCCGCAGAUUACCAGUCAGCAGCACAGUCCCGUGUGCCUAAGCGCCCUCAUGGAGUUCAUGGAUCCGAGAGUCUUACCAGUGAAGACGUAGCUGUGAAGGGUAAAGAGAGCAAAGUCAAAAAAAUGAAAACAGAGGCAUCGGAGAAGAACAAAGCAUCGAAGCCCAAGAUAAAGGCUACUGUGCUUGAUAUGGAUGCAAAAUCUAAAACCAAAAAAGCGACCAAAGUAAAAGCCAUGUCUUCUGUCGCAUCCUAUCCUAUUCAAUCUUCCAUGACCCAAAUGCAGUUCACCGCCAGCCAAAUGGUGUCAAAGCCAGCUGUAGCACCCAUCAUUCGAGGCAAUCUUCGUAUUUACCCUCCUGGCCCUCACAUCACUCCCAAAGCCAGUAACGUUUUGCUUAACGAGGUCGCCGCUGUCGCCGAUACUAAGGAGGUAGCUAUCACGGAAAAAUCGCCGAAGACAAUGUCCAAAAAAACGACAAUGACCAAGGCAAUAACGUCCAAGAAGCAUGGAGUGUCAACAGAUAUGCUCAAAGUGGCCAAAGUAAAGUCGGUAGACAAGAUCCAUAUUGUCAAAUCAAAGAAGACGGAGACUACGGUCGCUUCUCCAAAGGGCAUAAAGAGCAAAACUGCUGUAAUCGCAGCCAAAAAACAGAACGCUACAGUAGAACCAACUUCUACAACCUCACCAUCCUCUUCGUCAACAAAGGUAGCCAAAGGGACAAAGGAAAAAGCAACUGUACAUCGUGGAGCCUUGCCUGCUGUCCCUGUGCCUCCUCCACCAAAGCCUAAAGAGGUGAUUCGCUACACGGUUGGUGAGAAGACAGUAGAGGAGCUGCAGGCACGCGAUGAUGUUGAGAUCGAGAGGCGUGAGAAUGUCAAGUUUAGAAAGCUGAGGGGACGUACUCUUACGAUGCCUGCUCCUCCACAUGAAGUUCUUGCAAAUGCAGCUUUUCUGGCAGCGGCUACAGCCAAUGCUAAUUGAGGAGGCAUUGAGAGCCACAACUAAU